GAGAGAGGGAGAGAGGGAUUGCUACUUUCUCUCCGCUGAUAGAAACACACAGCAGAAGUUGAGAGCGCGCCGCUCCGGAUCUAUUCUGGAGGCUUCUCUGCUCUGCUCGCACACGCGUUCGUUCCGAGCGGAUCCGUCGGAGAAUUCUGCUAUGAGCCGGAUGCGACAGAAGGCGUGAUUGAUCAUUGAUGAGCGAUUGCAUGAUUGAAACAUUAGUCCACCUGCAGCUGGAGACGCCGGUGCGCUGAGCGCGUCUUGCGGGUUUUGCGCUUUUACGCAUCGGCUGGAUUUGCGCGCAGGAGGGAUGUUGAAGACACCUGUCGUGGUUUUCACUUCUUUAUCGCUGCUGUUGUCGCUGUCAUGUGCUGGAGAUGUAAAAUCGCGCAGCUGCAGCGAUGUGCGCCAGGCGUUCACGACCAAAGGCUUCAGUCUCCAUAAUGUGCCACAUCAGGAGAUAUCAGGUGAACAUCUGCGGGUCUGCUCCCAGGGCUACACCUGCUGCACUUCAGACAUGGAGGACCGGCUCGGCCAGCAGAGCAAACUGGAUUUCGAGAAAUUAGUGGAAGAGAACAGCCACACCAUUAGGACCAUAUUUACCUCCAGGCAUAAAAUGUUUGACGAAUUCUUUCUGGAGUUGCUGGACAACUCGGAAAAGUCUCUGAACGACAUGUUCGUGCGCACAUACGGCAAACUGUACACGCACAACUCGGAGAUGUUCGAGGACCUGUUCUCGGAGCUCAAGCGCUACUACACCGGCGGAAACGUCAACCUGGAGGAAGUGCUGAACGACUUCUGGUCCAGACUCCUGGAGCGCAUGUUCCAGCUGCUCAACUCUCAGUACACCUUCACAGACGACUAUCUGGAGUGCAUCAGCAAGUACACCGACCAGUUAAAGCCCUUCGGAGACGUGCCACGCAAGCUCAAGGCUCAGGUCACCAAGGCCUUUAUCGCGGCGCGCUCCUUCGUUCAAGGACUCAUGGUGGGUCGGGAAGUGGCCAACAGAGUGGCAAAGGUCAAUAUAUCUCCAGGUUGCAGUAAAGCACUGACUAAAAUGCUGUACUGUCCGUACUGUGGAGGAAUGCCAGGCCUCAAACCCUGCUCCAACUACUGCCAGAACGUCAUGCGGGGCUGCCUGGCCAACCAAGCCGACCUGGACCCCGAGUGGAACCUCUUCAUCGAUGCCAUGCUGCUGGUGGCUGACAGACUGGAAGGGCCCUUCAACAUCGAGGCCGUCAUGGAGCCCAUAGAUGUGAAGAUCUCUGAGGCCAUCAUGGCCAUGCAGGACAACAGCAUGCAGGUUUCAUCCAAGGUGUUUCAGGGAUGCGGUCAUCCCAAAGCAGCUGGAGUGGGCCGAUCUGCCCGCGGGAUCUCGGAUGUGUUCAACAGUCGCUUCAGACCCUACAGUCCAGAAGAGAGGCCGACCACGGCAGCCGGCACCAGCCUGGACAGACUGGUGAUCGACAUUAAGGAGAAGCUGAAGGAGUCGAACAAAUUCUGGUCGUCGCUGCCAGACGGCAUCUGUGCAGAGGACGAAGUGACUGACCCAGAUGAGGAGCAGUGCUGGAACAGUCACACAAAGGGAAGAUACUUCCCUGAAGUUGUAAAAGACGGCCUGACGAACCAGCUCAACAACCCAGAGGUGGAAGUGGACAUCACGAGACCGGACACCUUCAUCAGACAGCAGAUCAUGACCCUGAGAGUGAUGACCAACAAGCUGCGAAACGCUUACAACGGCAAAGACGUCUACUUCCAGGACUCCAGUGAGUCGCUUCCUUUAAAAAAAAAAUAAAAAAGUGUCAGAAAC